GCUCCUUACACAGACGCGUGUCAAACAAAAACACCAGAAAAAAAAAAUCUCUUUUUCUCCGUACAACUUCCAUACGUCUUAACGCCUGAUUCCAUCCUAUACUUUUAUCAUCAACCUCAACAAAACAUAUGCAUAAUUUGUGAUUUUGCAAAGAUAGCCGUAUUUUAAUUGAACACAACAUAAUAUAGCGUUCAAAUUUGCAGGCUUUGUCCAAAUCACCCACAUACAUUUGUAGGAAGGCGAAGCUGUUCUUGCAAACAUAUUUCUGUACGUAUACAAUUUAAACAUAUCAAUUAUUUGGGAGUGAUUUUUGGAUAAUUGAUUCGUUAUACUGCAAUUGUUUUUUCUCUCAAAGUAUAGUUGGUCCAAACGCGGAUAAAGGAAGAUGGUGUUAAAAUAGUUGUGGGGUUAUUGAUUGAUUGAUAAAUUGGUAUAUACAUUAGAUAGGGGAAGCGAUGGGAGCUGUAACGUCGUCGAUGGCGGCAAAGUUUGCAUUUUUUCCGCCAAAUCCGCCGUCGUAUGGGGUGGCGGUGGAAGAAUCAACGGGAAAACUUAAGAUGACAGAGGUGGUGCAGAGGGAAGACGUGGACAUUUUGAAGCUAGGAACGAAGAGAGGGACGGAGAUUAUGGCCAUGUACGUGAGGAAUCCGGCGGCGAAGCUGACGCUGCUAUACUCUCACGGCAACGCGGCUGAUUUGGGGCAGAUGUACGAUUUGUUCACCGAACUUAGUCUUCAUCUCCGGGUCAAUUUGAUGGGGUAUGACUAUUCAGGGUAUGGACAGUCCACUGGCAAGCCAAGUGAGCAAAACACUUAUGCCGAUAUAGAAGCUGCAUAUAAGUGUCUUGAAGAGACAUAUGGGGUGAAGGAGGAGGAUAUAAUAUUGUAUGGGCAGUCUGUUGGUAGUGGACCAACAUUAGAUUUGGCAUCCCGCUUAUCAAGAUUGAGGGCCGUGGUUCUACACAGCCCAAUUCUCUCUGGAGUUCGCGUCUUGCAUCCAGUUAAGCGGACGUACUGGUUUGACAUAUAUAAGAAUAUUGACAAAAUACCAUUCGUUGAGUGUCCUGUCCUCAUUAUCCAUGGCACUGCAGAUGAUGUUGUGGAUUGUUCUCAUGGUAAGCAGCUGUUUGAUCUAUGCAAGCAAAAAUAUGAACCGUUGUGGGUUGAAGGUGGUAACCAUUGUGAUUUGGAGCUGUACCCCGAGUACAUAAAACAUCUGAAGAAGUUCUUAUCAGCUGUUGAGAAAUCUACGGUUUCUAAAAAUGGAAAUGCACCAAGUACGGACCAAAUAGAUAAACUUGAAACAUCGAAAUAGCAGAGAUUGUAGAUGCAGGCCAUGCAAACACCAAAAGGAGAAAUCUAGACCAAGUACAGAAAAGCAAGAGAAA